AUGUCAGUAUCAUCAGAGCUUCAUCUUUGGAUUCAUGGAAGGCCGAGGAGUCCUCAUAUAGGCCUCGAGCGAUGGCCAAACCCUCAUUGUUCCGUGCGCCGUGGGAUGACCCGUGUCUCAGCGAGAAUGGCCGAGGAGAUCAGCAGGGCCAGCACCGCUGCCGCCGUCGAGCACUCCUCAUCGCCGGCGAAGUCGUCGGUCAGACGCCUCUGGCCCUCCGUCCUCCGUUGGAUCCCCACUUCCACCGAUCACAUCAUCUCCUCCGAGCGCCGCCUCCUUUCUCUCGUCAAGACGAAGUACGUUCAAGAGCAAGUGAACAUUGGUUCCGGGCCGCCUGGAUCAACGGUGAGAUGGUUUAGGUCUUCGAGCGAUCAGCCUAGGUUUAUCAAUACUGUGACUUUUGAUAGCUCCGAGAACUCCCCAACCCUUGUGAUGGUUCAUGGCUAUGGUGCUUCCCAAGGUUUCUUUUUUCGGAAUUUUGAUGCCCUUGCCAGUCGCUUUCGGAUUAUUGCCAUUGAUCAACUGGGAUGGGGUGGAUCAAGUCGCCCAGACUUUACUUGUAAAAGCACUGAAGAAACUGAGGCAUGGUUCAUUGAUUCGUUUGAGGAAUGGCGUAAAGCUAAAAACCUGAGUAACUUCAUUUUGCUUGGGCAUUCUUUUGGUGGUUAUGUUGCAGCAAAGUAUGCUAUCAAGCAUCCAGAGCAUGUUAACCAUUUGAUUUUAGUAGGUCCGGCUGGAUUUACAUCAGAGACAGAACAUCGGUCAGAGUGGUUGACUAAAUUCAGAGCAACAUGGAAAGGGAUGAUAAUAAAUCAUCUCUGGGAAUCCAACUUUACUCCUCAGAAAGUCAUUCGGGGGUUAGGCCCUUGGGGUCCAGACCUGGUGCGGAGGUACACAAGUGCUAGAUUUGGUUCAUACUCAAAUGGGUCAACUUUGACUGAAGAGGAAGCUGGAUUGCUGACAGAUUAUGUAUACCAUACUUUGGCUGCCAAAGCUAGUGGAGAACUGUGUUUGAAGUAUAUAUUCUCCUUUGGUGCAUUUGCCCGGAGUCCCCUUCUCCAAAGUGCAUCCGAAUGGAAAGUUCCUACCACCUUUAUCUAUGGUUACGAAGACUGGAUGAACUACCAAGGGGCACAACUUGCUCGCAGAGACAUGAAAGUACCAUGCGAGAUCAUUCGUGUUCCUCAGGGUGGGCAUUUUGUCUUCAUAGACAAUCCAUCAGGAUUUCAUUCUGCUGUUUUCCAUGCUUGUCGCAAGUUCCUCUCUUCUGAUAAUGUAGAUCAUCAGUCUCUACCUGAGGGCCUUACUUCUGCUUAGUUCUCUCAACAAAUGAAUAUUUAACUUUAUACUGUAAUUUACUCCAAUUUUAUACACUUUAUAUACCAAUUUAUAAUGAUCCAAUGUACAUUACUGUAAUCUAUGCCUAUUUUCUGCUGUUUUGGUA